AUGCCACACAAGGAAGUUCGAGAUCAGUUCCUACUGUCCAUUGCUUCCCUUCCAUCCUACAAAAAACCUACAAAAAAGGCGUUUGGAACCGCCAUCGCCAUCGAGCAUCCAAUCGGCGAGAUUGAGGCCAACAAGGGAACUGAUAUAAUCACGAAACACGAUUGGAGGCGCAAGUCACGAUCGAUUACGACCAAAUUGCCGUUUUCCAUGUCUUCGCAGAAAGCCCGGCGUUUGCACAUGACAGCGUUCACGUGGGCUCCGUUCAUCAAAAACUUUCAAAGUCUUUUGUCUCCUUGCUUCUAG